AUGCAUUUCAUUCUGUCAUUUCACCUAUUUCCAUUCUCCUUCAUUUUCUUUCUUCGUUCCCCCGUUACCCGUUUCCUCCCUCUCAGUUCUUUCACUCUUUCUCUCUUUGGCUCUUUUCACCUACAUUCAUUCAACCUUUCUCCUUUUUGCCGUUUUCUUUCAUCUUCAGUUUAUCAAUGUCUCUUUCUCUCUCUCUCUCUCUCUCUCUCUCUCUCUCUCUUAGUCUCUUCAACUCUAUUCUAUGAUUCUGUUUCCGCUUUCUUUCUUUCCUUCUUUCUUUCUUUCUUCUCGUCUGCUGUCUAUCAAUCUUAUUUCUUCUUUCUCUCCUUUUCUUUCCUCAUCUUUGUUCUCUCAAUUUGCUUGAUUUGUUCUCUUUCUCAAUCUUCGUCAUUAUUCUCUCAAAUCGCUUCUCUGUCUUUUUUUUUCUCCCUUCAUCAUAUUUCUAUGAACCUAUGUCUUUUCUUUCUUUCUUUCUUUCUUUCUUUCUUUCUUUCUUUCUUUCUUCUUGCCUUCUUUAUCUGUCUCCUUUUUCUGUCACUGUUUGUUCCUUCUUUCCCCUCUUCCUUCCUUCCUUUUUGUCUACGCAUCUAUCGUUAUUCUAUCAGUCUUCUUUAUUUGUCUUCUAUAUCUACAAUCGCUGAACCUGUCUCCCUUUCCUUCCACUCUAUUCUAUCAGCCUUCUUUUUUCUUACCUUCUUUAUCUCCAAUCGCUCAGCCUGUCUCCUUCCUUCCUUCCUUCCUUCCUUCCUUCCUUCCUUCCUUCCUUCCUUCCUUCCUUCCUUCCUGCCUUCCUUCCUUCCUUGUCAACUCUUGACUAUUAAUCUUUCUCCUUUCUAUUCUUCCCUUUCCUCAUCUCUAUUCUGUCAGUCUGUUUCUUUUCUUCUAUUUCUCACUCUUUGUCUCCACUCUCUCAACCUAUUUCCCUCUCCAAUAUCACUUUCUCUCUCCUCACCACAUUUCUAUGAGCCUUUCUAUCGAUCUCCCUCGCUUUCUGCACACACUUUUCUCCCGGUUUCCAUUUCCUUUUUCUCUCUUUCUUUAUCUUUCAAGUAUUCGUCUCUUUUCUCUUUUUCCUUCUAUUAUUUUCCUUCUCCUCUUUAUUUCUCCCUCGCCCAUUCUCCUCCUGCCACCCUGUUAUGA